CGUCACCCUCACCGCGGCUAGAUAUAUUGAUUACCACACAUCGAUAGUCCUUUGAAGCAAACGCCUCGCAAAUCAUGACAAUUAUUCCUCUUCUCUGCCUCGGAGCUGCUGAUUAUUGGAUAAUGCGACCGGCCUUCCGUUCUAUCUUCGGGCCUGGUGUAACGCGGCCUACACCAACAUGUCUUCAAUAUACUACCUACCCAGAUCCGUAAUAUCAUAGCCCCCACUGCUAUCACCGCUACCUGUCGCCGACCUUAAAGCAAGAGUACUCGAAUAUUCCUCUCCUACAUGUAGGUAAGAAAGCAUCAUUGAAGCCUGUCUGCUGUCCUUUUUUUCAUACUAACUAACAACUUGCGCUCAUGUCGGUUUCGUCCAAGGAGGGCAUAUUAGGCGCUUCCGGCUCGAUUAUGGGCCUAUCUACCGUCGUCGUAUGUCUUCGGUUUUGGGCGCGAAGACGGUGCAGAUUGCCGCUGAUGGGCUGAUGACUGGUUCGCUGGCCUUUCUCUGGUGAGUAGCUCGUGGCGUGGUUUAGAAUCGUAUCAAGCUUGAAGAGUAUCUUAGCUAAUGACGGAUGAUGGUGAUGAUGAUGGCUUUAGCUUUCAUACUACGGAGCUGCCAUCUGCGUGUUUACUAUGGUACAUUACAAGUUCUUGGGAUAUUCUACCUACGACUUCACGCCGGAGCAGAUGGAAGAAAGGGGUAAAAUGUAUAGCGUGUGUCGGAUCACCCUCGACGUGCUGACCAACAAUACGCUUGCUUGUGUGAAGCUGAGCGCAGUCUUCUUCUAUCGGCGCAUCUUCUCCGUCGGUGGGAAGCGGUCCAUGUUUAGGAUAGUAACUGGGGUUACAAUCGGGGUUGUGAUUCUGUGGCUCGUUGUUUUUCGAUUCUUGGUUGGCUUUCAGUGCGGUACGCAUUUCUCGGCUCUCUGGGAUGGCGCCUAUCUCCAAUAUUGCACUCUUUUAUUCCCUUUCUCGUUCGGGCUUGUUGUUUCUGACUUCCUGCUGGACAUCCUGAUCUUGGUUCUUCCAAUCCCUAGUAUCCUACAUCUCCACACAAACAUGCGGAGGAAAUUGUCCAUUAUAGGUAUAUUCCUGUUAGCUUUUGUUGGGCUCGGCGCGUCAAUUGUUCGAAUGGUGAAGUACAUCGAAAUCGAUCUGGGAGGCCCAGGUUAUUUCUUCCAAACCGAACAUGACCGCCUCAUCACCCAGUCCUACUUUUAUACCAUGCUUGAGGCUGGGAUAGCUCUCAUCGCCGUAAACCUGCCGUCGCUACGGGCCUUCUCCGCCACCCCAGAAACCGGAGGGGCGGUUCGCAACGCUCGGGGCUUCGUAGAGCUACCCAUCCUACGUGACAGCAACACCGGCAUUGAGCGGAACGCCUCGGUAGCCCCUACUACUAGUGGCACCAGCGGCAUUGAUGAAGAGGGAAGAGCCGCAUAUUUUAACAUCGUUUAGAUUCCUCAAGACCCUGGGAAGAAAGGCAUUACAGGAGACCAUUACCUCCAUCGUUUGAGCGAAAGAUAGGGUACCCUCCUGACAUAAAAUGUAAUAAUAGAAUAUAAACUUGCGAGUUUCUGGUAAUUCCACUCGUGGAAAAUAUCUCUGUUUCGUGGCACUAGGGCGGAUAUCUGUCGUGCCUAUCUAGACCUCACAGUUAUUUCUUGGGACAUAUACGGAAUAUGAUAUAGGGGUAGUGGGUUAUCAUAAUUAUGUAAAGAGCCCAUAUCAAACAAG